AAAAAAGACGCGGCGAGCGAAAAUUGUGAUAUUUUGGGAAAGAAAAGCGUGAAAAUGGAAAAUAUCAUUAUAACCUACUUCGUGAAUCCCCAUAGAUUCUGGUUUAAGCGCGAGGAAUUUCAUCCAGAUGAGGAAAUUAGUAUUUUCCGCGCAAACUUGGAUCGAGCUCUGCGGACACAGAGCUUCAAUGCGGAAACUUGGACGCCGGCUGUUGGGGAGACUGUGGCGUACUUCCAGAGAGAUUCCGCUGUGUGGGAUCGAGCGGUUGUGCGUGAAAUUGCUCUCAAUGGAAACAUAACCUUGUGGAUUGAGGAUUGUGGGAAGCUUCAGAAGGCGAGGAAGAAGGAAAUUCGCCCCAUGCCAAAGAAUGUGAUACUUCCGUCGAAGAAAAUUGUUCGGGAAGGGGGUCUUUUUGAGCUUAUCCCAGCAAAAAGGAAAUUCAAUCUCAACACAAUGCGAAUACAAAUGGUUGACUGCGGAGGGGUAUGGGCUGAAGAUGCAAUUGAAUUGAUGCGCGAAGCAAUCAACAUUGCUGACAGCAUUACAUUUGAGAUUAAGAGCUCCCCCGAUAAGAAUACGGCCUUUGGGAAUCUCACAUUUCGCCUACCUAAUGGAAAAUCCCUCACAGCUGUGGAACUUCUUGCAGACUACAGCCAGCAAUCUGAGAAGUUUUUAGAAGUUAUUUCGCGGGAUGUUGCGUGUAAAUUGCGUCUUGCUGGUGAGGAGAAUUCCCCAGCGACGACGCCGAGUAUCAACAGGUGUUCCGUAAAUGAGUGGGUGGAGAAAUCCAUUGAUGUGCUCGAUGAUAACUUUGACGAUUCCGUCAGUACAUUCAACCCACAGCAUCAAACAUCCCGGGAGAAGUUCCCAAAGAUGAAGCUUCCAUCGCCCAAGCAGAAACCAUCGCAGCCCCCAUCUGCUGGGCGAAUUGAAUCCUCCUGGACACCGCAGCCACUUCCAAAGCCUCAGGGAAUUGAUAGGGGCUAUGAUGGUGAUUUCAGUCCUAAUGCAGCAAAAUCACACGAACAGCCAAAGCAGAGGAUUACAGCAGAUGACAUUUUCAAAGGGAUGUCGGGCAGCUCAAAUACCGAUUCGGCCAAUUUAUGCCCAAGUGAUCAGGAUAUACGGAAGAUUUACAAUGCAAAUGUCGAAAAGGCCCGCAUGAUGGCGCGUGAGAAGUUAAAUAAGUCCUCCAAUGGCGCAGCAUCCACCAUGCCCACAAAUGGCCUCUCCGAGAGUUCACGAUCGCAUCACAAUCCACAGCCAGCGGGGAUGCUGCAGCAUGCACCGUCGAAGAAGGCAAAAGAAAAGAUGGAGAAGGCAAUGCGCAGAGCCGGAAUGGAUCCAAACAGUCCGGGAGUGGAUUUGCGGGAAUUGGGUGAGGCUCCGGUGGCGCGUACAGCAAAGAAGAGGUACCAGAGAGUCCUGGUACAUUGUCCACUACCCGUGACAAUGGUUGAAAAGAUCACAGAUGCCUUCUUUUGUCCGGAAGUCCAUGAGAAGCUGAAGCAAUUCCGCAUUGAUGAUGUCCAUCGUAUUCAAUCUCACGCAUGGCCACACAUUUUCCGUGGUGGUUCAGCUGUUCUUGUGGGGAAUAGGAACAGCGGUAUGACACUGGCCUACCUGCCAAUGCUGUACACGCGUAUGAAGCAAGAUCAGGAAGAUGGGACAUUGGGGCUGAAUGUGGGGGCACGUGCCAUUGUUAUUUGUGGCUCAAGCCGGAAGGUGCAGAAGACGAGUAAGACGUUCGAUGGGUUCAACGAUCGCCACAGAACACAGCUGACUGUGUUGGCUUCAUCGGCACCCUGUGAGACGCGUGAUCAUGUGAUUGAGCUGCAGAAUGGCUUUGAUGUGCUCUUCACGACUGUUCCGGGCUUCAAGAGACUCCUGGAGUGUGCCCAACAGGAGACAGUGGAUGUUUUUCAGUUGGAAGAUUUGCAGUAUAUUGUUGUGGAUGACUACGAUACCAUUGUGCAGCACUAUGGGAAACAACUGAAAUCCAUCCUGAAGACUCUCAUGUCGCGUGUCGAUGAGCACGGGAAGUUUAAGACACAGGUGGUGUUCACGUCAACACGAUGGAUGCCGGAGUUUAUGAGUUUCCUCAAAAGGUUUGACAAUCCAAUGCUGUGCAUCUCAUCGGGCGUUGAGGCUGCCCUGUACGGAAGGGCAAAGUUUAAUUUGCAAAUUUUAACGCGUGACGAGAAAGUACGUGCUGUGCGUGAAAUUUUGUCAACGCAGAAUUACUUUCAUGAACCAACAAUGGUUAUUUGCAAUACAGCUGAAGAGGUGGAGCACCUGGCGGAUGUUCUCCGGAAGGCCAGUGUGUCUGUUAUGGCAUUUACAACGACAACAAUUGAGACACAUCAAAUGCACAAGAAUGCAGUGAUUUUGUGCACUGAUGCCUGCUUGUUGCACAUCAAUGUGCGCUACAUACAGAAUCUCAUUCAUUUUAGCCUGCCGGAAAAGUGGAGUAUGUACGAUCAGCGUUUUGUGGCGUGUUUUGAGUACUAUGAGGAUCAGGUGACAAGUGGUGGGGAGCCGACAAAGCCACCAGUCAAUGUGGACAUCUUCUGCGACCAAGACAAUGAUUUGCAGCUGCCGAAAUUGAUUGAUUUCAUGCUAAAGCGCUUCAGUCGUGUUGCCAUUGGACCGGAGAUUGUGGCUUGUGCGCAGGCAAGUCUGGAGCGGAAGGAGCACAGGAAGUUGGCACGGGGCGUGCCAUUGUGUCCGGCAAUGAUGGAAUUCGGGGAAUGUCGCAUAAAGCGCUUUGAUUGUGUGCAUCGACACAAUUUUAGUCCAGCCGAUGCGCCAUCCCCGCUCCUGCCCACGAAAGGUUUCAUCCGCAUGAAGAUUGUCAAUGUGCUGACACCGCUGCACUUUCAGGGCUAUGUGCAGCACUCAAUGCCACAUCGUAUCUCGCCCGAGAGUGAGUGGCGCAUUGAGAUGCAGAGUGAUAAAUUCUUGGUCUUCCAGAAUGAUCUCAAUCGGCAUAUGAUGUGCGAGGGGAAUCAGCUCACCCCGUCAUCGGCGGAUGUUGCAGAGAAUGACAUCUACGUGCUUCCAUUUGAUCACACGUAUUUGCGGGUACGGGUGGAUAGUAUUGUGUGUGAGAGGUCAAAGGUCAUGGUCUCCCUGACGGGGGUUGAUGUACCCAAAACAGUGGAAAAGGUCUCAGUACAGGAUCUCCUUGUGCUCCCACAGGAAUUCCGGGAUUUCCCCCAUCAGCUCAUUGAUAUACGCCUCUUUGGCUUGAUGCCGAAUGACAAUGAAAUGCAAUGGGAUGCAAGAUCAAUUACAAAAGUCAAAGAAUGGAUUAAGGAAGCCAAUGAAUCGAAUAAUCUUGCCUUCCUCGGAGAGAUUGAACUAACGCUCAACAAGACAAUUUACGUGAAAUCUCUCUUCUGUGUUGAAUACUUUGACACGAAUCAUACGAAUUUUGUGAAAUUCUCCCUGAGAAAUCGUAUUCUCAAUGAGCAAAUUGGCAUGGAGUGGGACAGGGAGAAUAUUAACUUCCUCAGAAAUCUUGCAGAGGCCAUUGGAUUGGAGGAGAGGAAGGAGGCAAAGGAGGAGGAACCUCCGGAGGAAGCAGUAGCUCCACAACCACAAAUUCCCUCACGGUGGAUGUCCUUGGCAAAGGAGGCUUUUGUGAAUGUGCAAAUGUUGAAUUUUGAAUCUCCAACGGAAUUCUACGUGCAGGAUCUCACACGAGCACCCGCCCUUAAGAAGCUAAAUGAACAAAUAAGCACCUUCGUGGAGCAGGGACUGAAGAAUCUCCGUGAUCUCCGUGUUGGCAAUCACUGCCUCGUACGCAUGGAUGAGACGUACAUUCGUGCGAAGAUUUGGCAAGGAACACCCGAUGAUGAUGAAUACCAUCUCUUCCUUGUCGACGAAGGAUAUUUCUCCAUUUAUAAAUCAGAAGAAAUCUUUGAGAUUAGUGAAGCUCUCAUCAAGGAUUAUCCGUUUUUUGCCAUUCGUUGUGCACUGCUGGGAGUGACGGAGAGGGCGUCAAAGUUCUCGGAUGAGGAAGGAAAUGAUGAGAUGUAUGAGAAGUACUUCCGUGUGCCCAACGAUAAAUUUGCCCUCAAUGCUUACACGGUGGAUGAGAAGGUGCUCAAGGGUGGGGACAAUUGGAGAGUGAAGGUGCACUAUGUGAUCCUCCUGGCGGCCGGGGAGGAUGUUCCGGUGGUGAAUGAACGUGUUGUUGAGGGGAAUUACUGCGUGCGAAAUGACAAAUGGGCGACUGUGGAGAAAUUUAUUCGAGAUGUGGAGGAACAUCCGCAAAUUCUGGAGGAUUUAUCGAAGAAAUUGGAAGAGGAAAGGGAUUGGGAUGAGGAGCUGGCAGCAGAGGAGGAAGCUGCGAAGAAGGAGGGAAAGGUGGAGAAGGAGGAGAAGAGUGUGAUGUACAAUAAGUUGGAAACGGAGGGAACGGCAUCAGGGGAUUCAUCUGGUGUUGCUGCAGCACUUCCGUUGAAGCCAUUGCUUCCUGCUCCUGCCAUUGAGUGGCGUCAGACAAGUCAGGAUAUCAUUCUGUACGUCACAGCGGUUGACAUGAAGGACUAUAAGGUUGAAUUGAAGCAGAACUACCUCACACUCGGCCUGGUGUUUGAGGAUAAACCACAGCAGGGGUGUGUGAUAAAUUUCUUUGGGUGCAUCGUUGUGCCCAGCAGUGGGGUACGUGUGCGUGGGAAUAGUAUUGUUAUCAGGCUGAAAAAAUGCAUUUCCGGAAAGAAAUUCAACUGGCCAACACUCAUGGAUCCCCCGGAGAAGGUUUCCUGGCUCCGGGAGGCCAUUGAAGCGGUAAAGAGUGACACCGAAGAGUCAGACGGAUCGGAGAAGCCUCUCAUCCAGAAGGGAUCACCGGGAGAGAGUGAAGGAAGCCCCGCCGAAGACAGCUCCGACAUAAGUAGUUUCAAUUCUGACAGAGAUAUUCACUUUGAAGAUCAUUUUGUGCCACCAAAAAAAUGAAUUUUUUAAAAGAUUUUCCCACAAUGUUGACAAAUUAAAUCAAAACGUUCAAAUUUGCCAUAAAUUUUCUUAAAAAAAAUGAAUUAUAAAAUGAAAUGAAUUAUUUUAAAUAUCUGAAUUUUUUUUCUAAUAAAGUUUACGAGAAAAAAUGAA